UAUUUUCCACCCAGUCGAUCACUCAAUUUUUUUUUUUUUUUUUAUCUUUUUUUAAAUUUUAAUGGCAGAACCUAAUUAUGCUCCCAGUGUGGGUUCCGAGAAAUUCAAGGUUGAACAGACAACCAUUGACAAUUAUGUUGAAGAAGAUAGAGCCUCCAGUAUUGUUAAUGAAUUUGGUCACGGUGAAGGUAACUUCAUGACCGCUUACUUUAACGUCGUCUGUGUCGUUGCAGGUACUGGUACUCUUGGUCUCCCCAAAGCUUUUGCCGAAGGUGGUUGGUUAGGUAUUCUAAUUUUAUGUCUUGCUUAUGCAAUGGCCGUCUACUCUGGUAUUGUUCUUAUCCGUUGUUUGUACUAUAAACCCGGUCAUCGUCUCCAUGACUACAAGCAAAUUGGUACUGCUGCUUUCGGUUGGCCUGGUUACAUUGUUGCCUCUGCUCUUCACAUUUUGAAUUUAUUUGGUUGUCCCACACUUUAUCUUGUAUUAGCUUCUGGUAACAUGGUUGAUCUCUUAAAGAACACUAGCAACGUUAUUUCUUACAAGGUCUGGGUUGUGAUCUGGGGUGUCUUUCUCUUGAUUCCUUCUCUUGUCUUAAAGACAUUGAAGGAAGUCACUGCCAUUGCUGCUAUUGGUGCUCUCUGUACCAUGAUGGCCGUCUUUGUUGUACUCAUUCAAGGUCCUAUGACACGUAAUGCUAGCCCUCUUCCUGUUGAACAUAGUGGUGUCAUUUGGGAAGGUUUCCCCGUUGCACUCUCUACCAUUGCUUUCUCAUUUGGUGGUAAUAACACUUACCCUCAUGUGGAACAUGCCUUAAAGAAGCCUCAUCAAUGGAAAUAUGCCGUCAUUGCAGGUCUCAGUACAUGUACUGCACUUUAUUUCUUGACUGCUGUUCCCGGUUAUUGGUCCUUUGGUUCUGCCACUCAAUCCCCCAUCUAUAACAGUUUGCCUGAUGGUGUGGGUCGUACACUCUCGAUGAUUGUCAUGACCAUUCAUGUUAUCUUUGCUAUUCCCAUUUACACCACCUCUUUCUCUCUUGAAUUUGAAAAGUUCUCCAACUGUACUGAAGAACGUUAUGGUCGCUUUGGUGCUUGGGUGGGUCGUGCUGUGAUUCGUACGUGUACCAUGGGUAUUCUUGUGGUAUUGGCUUGUUUCAUUCCUUACUUUGAUGACUUUAUGGGAUUGAUUGGUUCUCUUGCUAAUUGUGGUCUUGUCUUUUUGUUGCCUAUUCUUUGUUACUUGAAGUUGACAGGUGUACGUAAUAAGCCUUGGUAUGAACUUGCUUUCUGUGCUCUUACCCUGUUCUUGGGUAUCAUUGGUUGUGUCUUUGGUACCAUCGAUUCCAUCAAGGCAUUGAUCCGUGAUUUCACCUCUUAAAAAAAAUCAUCCACCUUGUAUUCUAUCUAUUUUAUACCUACCUAUCACAACACACUAAAAAAAAAAAAAAAAAAAAAAA